AUGUCUGCAGAGUCUUUCGACUCUGUCAGUCACCCUACAAGCCCGGCGACUGCGCCAGGCCAGCUGAAAUUGUCAGGCCGAGUGAUAUGUGCCGCUGUGACAAUUCCUUCGGAGCUUUCCCGUGACGGUGAGCAUGAACGCUGGCUUGUCGAGCCUCGCAGAGGUGCGCGCGCUAUGUACAGUAGCAUGAGUCAUUUGCAGAACGAGGCAGAAUGGGACACUACGAUCGUCGGCUGGACAGGUGAGAUCACGCACGUCAAUACUGGAAAUGGCGAUCUUGCAGCCUCCCUGGACGGAGAGACAGCCAGAUCAAAAGAACCGUUGAUCACCUCAUCCGAUAAAGCGCAACUGGAGCAGCAACUGCGCGCAUUUCAUGGACCGAACAAGAUCGAACCCGUGUGGUUACUACCGGAGUGUACAAAAAGUCAGGGCGAAACGUUUGAGCAGCAAUGCCGCUGGAGGAAGUACGCGGACGAAGUUCUCUGGCCGCUCUUACACUACAAACUCUGGCACGAGGUGACUGAUGGCCGUCAAGAACGCACUUGGUGGUUGGACUACGUGAAAUUUAAUCAGGCCUUUGCAGAGCGUAUCGUCUCGAUUUACCAGCAAGGAGAUCUCAUUUUCAUCCACGACUUUCACCUGAUGCUUUUGCCACAGCUGUUGCGGCAGCGCCUUCCUGAUGCUAAUAUUGGCUUCUUUCUGCAUGCGCCCUUUCCCUCAUCGGAGAUCUUCCGCUGCCUGCCAAAGCGAAAGGAGAUCUUAGAAGGACUGUUGGGCGCCAACAUGGUUGCAUUCCAAUCGCACGCGUACGUCAAGCACUUUGUGUCGUCCUGUACGCGGGUUCUCGGAUUCGACACGACAGACGUCACAGUCGAUGCCUUCGGCGCGCAAGUGGCCAUCGAGACCUUGCCUAUUGGCAUUGAUGCACGAACGGUUGCACGCCAGUGUCAAGCUCCUGGUGUAGAAACCAAGCUGCAAAUAGUACGCGAUUCUCUGAAGGGAAAGCUCAUCAUUAUCGGACGAGACCGGCUUGAUGAGGUGCGAGGAGUACUGCAGAAGCUACAAGCCAUCAAACGUUUCUUAGAAGAAUAUCCGGAAUGGCGUGAGAAGGUGGUCCUCAUCCAGAUAACAAAUCCAUCUGUGCACGAUACGGUCCAGCUAGAACGCGAUGUUUCUGAAAUCGUCAAUCUCAUCAACAGCGAAUACGGUGGCUUUGGUUCAACUCCAGUACAUCAUUAUCACAAGCACAUGGAGGAUGAUGAGUACUUUGCGCUGCUCAGAUCAGCCGAUGUAGGCCUCAUCACGAGUGUAAGAGAUGGCAUGAAUGUUACCAGUCUGGAAUAUGUCAUGGCACAAAAAGAUUCCAACGGCCCGAUCAUCUUGUCUGAGUUCACAGGAACUGCCGGAAGUCUUAGUGACGCUAUCCAAGUCAAUCCAUGGGACUCUCUCGGUGUCGCAAGGGCUAUCAACACCGCACUAGUCAUGUCCAAGCAAGAGAAGGCCGUCCGACAGAAGGGCCUUUACAAUUACGUGACGACCCAUACUGUACAGGCAUGGUCGCACGCUUUUUUGCGACGCUUGAUGGAUAAUGUCGCUCAAAACAGCCAUGGCCAAUUGACGCCUUUGCUGGACCGCAAAUUGAUGUGGGAUACUUAUAAAUGCGCGUCCAAGAGGUUGAUGCUCUUUGACUACGACGGAACUCUGACACCAAUUGUACGCGAGCCAUCAGCUGCUAUUCCGACUGACCGCAUGCUGCGCGCUUUAAAGCGGCUGGCUGCCGACCCCAAAAAUGAGGUAUGGAUCAUUUCGGGUCGUGAUCAAGCCUUCUUGGAGGAGUGGUUGGGUGAUAUUCAAGAGCUCGGUCUGUCCGCGGAACACGGCAGCUUCAUUCGAUACCCUGCCACUCACCAGUGGGUCAACUUGACUGCCGAUCUCGAUAUGAAUUGGCAGCGAGAUGUUGUUGAUGUCUUCCAGUUCUUCACGGAGCGCACACAAGGGUCCUUCAUUGAACGCAAGAGUGUCGCUAUCACUUGGCAUUAUCGCAAGGCAGAUCCGGAUUACGGUGCAUUUCAGGCCAAAGAAUGCCAGGCGCAUCUAGAACAAAUGGUGGUCACGAAGUAUCCUGUCGAGAUUCUUUCUGGGAAGGCCAAUCUUGAAGUGCGCCCUAGGAAUAUCAACAAAGGCGAGAUUGUGAAAAGCUUGAUUGCCAAGUACGGUAGCCAGACAGGUCCUGAGUUUGUGCUCUGUGCAGGUGACGAUAAGACCGACGAGGACAUGUUUAAGAUGCUUCGCAAAGUCUCAAAUGUUCCGCAAAAGAACAUCUUCUCCGUCACCAUUGGAGCGUCCAGCAAAAAGACCUCUGCAGAUUGGCACUUGCUUGAGCCAAAGGACAUGAUUUCGACUCUGGCAUUCAUGGCGGGCAUCGAGCGCGAAGCGCCUGACUCAUCGAAUCUCUAG